AUGUCUCGAACCGUCCUCAUCACCGGCUGCUCCGACGGCGGGCUGGGAGCAGGGUUGGCCAUGGCCUUCCACCAGCACGGCGACCGCGUGUUCGCAACGGCCAGGAAUCCAUCCAAGAUGGUGUCUCUCCAGGCUUUAGGCAUCGAAACACUCACUCUGGACGUCAUCUCGGAGGACUCCAUCAAGGCAUGCGUCCAGGAAAUAUCGGCACUCACGGGCGGCUCUCUUAACAUGUUGAUCAACAACGCCGGUGCGGCCUACUUCAUGCCCAUACUCGACACUCCAAUCCACGAGCUAGAGAGCCUCUUCGAUACCAACACCUAUUCCAUUGUUCGGACAGCACAACAUUUCUUCCCGCUCCUGCGCAAUUCUCAACAUGGCGGCCAUCUUGUCAACAACACCUCGCUUGCCGCCAGCUGGCCGCUGCCGUGGUACGGGCCGUAUUCCGCUUCCAAGGCGGCCGCGUCGAGCAUCACAUCCAACCUGCGCUAUGAACUCGAGCCGUUCGGCAUCAAGGUCACCGAGCUCAAGACCGGCAUUGUGCAGUCCAACGUUUACGCCAAUCUCGCAGCGGAUGAGGGCAAUGUCCUACCGGACUCGUCCGUCUACGCACUUUUGAAGGACAAAAUCGGAGCAGUCAUGCGCGGCGAACACGGAUUAACGCCCCAGCCAACGGAUCAAUGGGCCCGGGCUGUCGUCAAUGACUUAUCGCGCCGCAAUCCCCCUGUGGAGAUCUGGCGAGGUGCUACUGCGUCUAUCUUUUGGGUUACUGUCACGUUUCUGCCCAGAGUGGCCGUCGGUUUUAUCUUAAAGAGAAGCGCCGGUUUAGAUGUGUUUGCGAAGCGACUCCGAGAACAAGAAGAAUCCAAGAAAAACGAAUGA